GGAAGUAAUUCAGUCGUUCUUCUUCGUUGAAUCUGCGUUUUUUUCAACGUCUUUAGUGAAACACGUCCAUUCAUUUUUAAGUUGUUUUGAAGUUAUAUCCACUUUUUGUGUUCUGAGCCGGGAUGAUUGAGCCUAAGAAGAGACCCGGGGACAUGGCGCUGGUUCCCUCCGCCAUGAAGCGGCCGCGGACGGAGCUGGUGGCGGCGGCUCAGUCCCAACAGCUCGUGGCUUCGGGCCCACCGCGCACCUCCAGCCUGCAGGCCCCCAUUAUGUUGAUGUCUGGCCACGAGGGCGAAGUCUACUGCUGCAAGUUUCACCCCAACGGAGCCACCUUGGCCUCCUCGGGAUUCGACAGGCUGAUCUUGAUGUGGAACGUUUACGGGGACUGUGAGAACUAUGCCACCCUGAAGGGCCACAGCGGAGCCGUGAUGGAGCUGCACUACAACACAGACGGCAGCGUGCUGUUUUCAGCGAGCACAGACAAGACGGUGGGAGUCUGGGACAGUGAGACGGGCGAGAGGAUGAAGCGUCUGAAGGGCCACACCUCCUUCGUUAACACCUGCUACCCGGCUCGCCGGGGGCCGCAGCUGGUCUGCACGGGCAGCGACGACGGGACCAUCAAGCUGUGGGACGUCCGCAAGAAGGGGGCCAUCCACACUUUCCAGAACACCUACCAGGUUCUGGCCGUGACGUUUAAUGACACCAGUGAUCAGAUCCUGUCUGGAGGCAUUGACAAUGAUAUCAAGGUUUGGGACCUGCGGCAGAACAAGUUGAUCUACAACAUGCACGGCCACGGCGACUCGGUAACGGGGCUCAGCCUGAGCUCCGAGGGCUCCUACCUCCUGUCCAACUCCAUGGACAACACGGUUCGGAUUUGGGACGUGAGGCCAUUCGCACCCAAGGAGAGAUGUGUCAAGAUCUUCCAGGGAAACAUCCAUAACUUUGAAAAGAACCUGCUGAGGUGCUCCUGGUCCACCGACGGCAGCAAGAUCGCUGCGGGUUCUGCUGACAGGUUCGUGUACAUCUGGGACACCACAUCACGCCGGAUCCUCUACAAGCUGCCGGGUCACGCCGGCUCCGUUAACGAGGUGGCCUUCCACCCGGAGGAGCCCAUAGUGAUGUCGGGCUCCAGUGAUAAGCGUCUGUACAUUGGGGAGAUUCAGUAGGACGUGUGUGUGAGUGUGUGUGUGUCCUGGGAGCCUCCUCAGAACAACCUCAGGAUGAAGUUUAUUACGCCCGGCCACAAAGGGCCUCCGCGGUGACUUUUUUAUUACUCUGAUUUGUUUCUUUUUAAUAAACCUCAAUGUUCUGGAAAGAAAACCCCCCUCGUGUUGUUGUUGUUACAUCUGAUGGUUUCCAUCCGCCCUUCUUCACCCUUUUAAACGGACCCAUUUGCUUUUAA